AUCGCAACAGCCGCUCUGGACAGCGGAGUGGGCGAAGAGCCAAAAAAGAAAAAACUUGAUAUUGCCCUGUUGUGCUGGUCACUGAUGCUAUUGUCCAGUGCAUUUGACAAAUCGCAACUGGAAGCAUUGUGGGGCAAGCAUGUGAAGGUAAUGGAAGCGAUGAAAGCCAAUAUGAAAAUGUCGCAAGAAGUGAACUCCAAACUGCUUGAGAAUAUCGACCUGGAGAAGAAGAUAAUUGCUGAUGCGAUUGCAAUGCAAAAUCCUUCCACAGACUCAGAGGCAAUGAAUCUAAUAAUGUUGGGAAGUGAGAUGGCUGAGGCGAUGAGUGCAGCGCUGUUGUCUCCGUCAGGAAGCGAUGAAAUGCAACUUGAUGAAAUUUAUGCCAAGAUGUGA